AAUUAUUAAAUAAUAAUUCCUUUGGAAGUAUUAGAAAAGUAAAUUUGUUUAUAUGACUUACGUGAACUAAACCAUAAUUAUACAGGAGUACAAAUUAACCAAAUAAAUAUUACAAUAGAUUACUAUUUAUUAUAAUAGUAAGAUAAUUUGUGACCUCAAUAAAUUUACCCAAUAAAGGACCUUAAUAUAUUUGGGUGAAAUCUUCUACCCACCGUUUCGUUUAGUAUUUAUCGCGUCAUGUUGCCGGUAAGACUACAGUGGAGCCGAAUUUUGUGCCGCAGUCACUUGCGACAGACAUGCGUCCCGUUGACCCGUAAUGACCUAAGUCAACCGGUUCGAUAUCGCACUGAGUCUAAAGUGGUUCGUUCGCCGUUUUCGGACGUCCAGAUACCGGAAAAUUUAAUUGAUGAGUACGUGUGGAGCGGCUUGGAGAAAUGGUCGGACAAAGACGCACUGGUUUGCGGAAUGACUAAUAGAAAAUUCACAUACUACGAGACGAGGCAGGCAUGUAAGAGAUUUGCAGCUAGUCUUAAGAAGAGAGGUGCAACUCCGGGCCAAGUGUUCGCCGUGCUGUUGCCAAACGUUCCAGAAUUCGCCAUAGUCUCGCUGGGUGCCAUAGAGGCCGGUCUGGCUGUGACGACGAUCAAUCCCAUCUACACGCCAUUCGAACUCGCUCACCAGCUUAAGGACUCUGGUGCAUCGGGGGUGGUGACAAUUCCCGAGUUGCUACCCAAAGUUUUCGAAGCCCAGCAGUUAAUGAAUGAGCCCGGUGUAAAACCAUUGUACAUUAUAUCCGUCAACGGCAAAGGUCCAAGACCCGAUGGUGCGUGGGACUUUGAGGAGAUGCUCGAUCCAAUGGUGGACACUUCUAUUCUGAAAAAAAGCCGAUCGAACAGUGACGUGGCGUUCAUGCCAUACUCAAGUGGUACAACCGGUCUGUCCAAAGGCGUGUCGCUUUCGCACCGGAAUCUCUUGGCCAACAUCAUGCAGACGAGUCAUCCAGAAAUAAAUCAUUUUUAUGACACGACAGGAAAUUAUCAAGAUGUGUUGCCGUCUAUUUUACCUUUUUACCAUAUUUAUGGCCUGACAAUGAUUCUUCUUAGAGGACUAAGUUUUGGAUGUAAAUUGGUGACAUUGCCCAAACUUGAAUCGGAAUCAUUUUUGAACAUACUUAAAAACCACAAGGCAACAUUAUUGUACGUAGUACCACCAAUAGUGCUGUUGUUGGGUCAAAAUAAAAAUGUAACACAUGAACACUUUCAAAACGUAAGAAUUAUUUGUAAUGGUGCUGGUCCUGUGAAAGAAGCAGAUGCCGAAAAAGUACUUGCUAGAACCAAGAACAAAAAUGUACGUUUUUGUCAAGCGUAUGGCAUGACAGAAUCAUCGCCAGCCGUGUUCGUAUCCAGGAAUUCCUCAUUGUUCGAUUAUUUGACCGUCGGUCCUCCUAUAUCUAACACUCUAGCCAGAGUUGUCGACCCCACAGAUGACACAGUUGAAUACGGUCCCGGGGAAACUGGAGAAAUUCAAGUCAAGGGGCCACAGGUGAUGAUGGGCUACCACAACAACCCCGAAGCCACGGCUAACACUAUAAGUCCGGAAGGAUGGUUGAGCACCGGUGACAUUGGUUAUUAUAACGAUAAAAAAGAAUUCUUCAUAGUUGAUCGUAUUAAGGAGUUGAUCAAAGUCCAAGGAUACCAGGUUCCACCGGCUGAACUAGAAGGACUUCUGAGGACUCACCCCGCCGUGCUGGACGCAGCUGUCAUCGGCGUGCCAGAUGACCGAACAGGUGAGGCGCCGUUGGCGUAUGUCGUACUCGACCCAGAUAGACCAGCCGCCAGCGAGGCAGACAUGAAGACGUUCGUAGCGGAACGAGUGGCACCGUACAAGCAGAUCUCAGCCGGAGUGCGUUUCGUUAAAUCACUGCCAAAAAGCGCGGCCGGCAAAAUAUUGCGGAGGUUACUAAAGGAUGAAUACGAGAAGACCAAAGCCACCAAGUGAUCACCGGAAGUCAUGAUUUCAGCGAUUAAUAAUAAUAUAUGCAUGAUAUAAUAUUGUCAUACGUAAUCGAGUGCGAAAGUUAGAUUAAGGAAGUUGAGAAAACACUCGUCGUGUUUUACUUAACUAUCACGUUGUAUAUUAACACGUUGACCGCCAUGAGAUCUUAUAUGAGAUCUCAUCAAACAUUGUCCUGACCGCCACAGCUGGUUUUAUGUGGUUUACUAAAAAAAAUUUAAGGAAAAAAAAUUGUCUGAUUUCAUUCAAAAUUUGUACCUUAGUUUAAAAUUUUUCUGUUAAAAUGUUCCUUUUGGUUUUAACUUAAUAUAAACUGAGAUCUCAAAUUAGAUCUCAUGGCCGUAGGAUGUCACUACUAUAAAAAUUAAUUUUUUGACCAUUGCCAUGAGAUCUCAAACUAAAUCUCACUUUGAAUAAGUACUUCAAUUGAGGUUAAAUCUACUCAACUAAACUUAAAUAGGUAUUUAUUUAUUGCAUCAAAUAUAUUAUUUGAGUUAUAAAGGUAUUAUAUUAAAACAAGUUGCAUACAAUUUAUGUUGCCUUUAUUCCUAUAAAUUGCAUAAUUAUAACAAAAAAUUUAUAUGAUAUAAACAUAAUUAUAUGAAAAACAAAACUUUU